CUUUGACAGUUAGCUUGGCGCGUUGUUGUUGACCGUUGAAAAUCGAAAGUGCAAAUACAAUUCGAAAUAGAAGAAAUAUUGUUCAUUUUAAAAUGUGCAUUUUCUAAUGCCAAAAAUCUUAUUAAAAUUGAGAUUCAACAGUUAAAUUUUGACGACCAGCGUAUGGCACUACGGCACAUAACCUAACAUGGCAGCCGGUAUGGAAAGGAAAAGUGAAAUAUUUUCUCAAAGAUUAAUAGUGGCUGUGUUAUGGAAUCUCGCGCUGCAGACUUUUCUGGCGGUAUCACUUGUCUUCCUUAUACAAGUUGAUAUAUUGCACCCAUUAUCAUGGAUUGCGUCCACAUUUCAAGAUAUUUUCAGUUGGAAGAUGAGCCUCAAUAUCGUGCUCCUUGGAUUGGUAUCAUUUUUCCAGGCCUACAUUUAUGGAUGUUACUAUAUGGUGCCACCACCAAAGUAUUUCACAAGAUUCUCAAUGUUCCUGAAUUUGUUUUCAAUACAGAAUAUGAUAUUUAGUGUGUUGUAUGCUCUCUGUGGAUAUUUUACUAUGGGAUUAUAUUCAUCACUGGCGCAAAGCAAUUUUAAUGUACUAAAGAAGACAUGUAAAAACUAUGACGGUCAAUGUCUUAUGGAGCAAAGUUUAUUUUUACAAUUCGGUGGAAUGUGGAUGGGGUUGUAUUAUUUUUUGAAUGUUCAUAUCUUUAGUACAAAUAUUUUAAUGUUUCCUCACAUUUACCAAGAUAAGUUUCAGCAAAUUAAACUGGCAAUUAGCAAUAUUAUUGCUUUAGGAUUCAAGAAGUCAAUCAUGCCAGUUGCAUAUUACUGUAUAUUUUAUUAUUUAUGGGGCAACAAACCGAGAAAUGUUGUGUCUGAUGUGUACAGCUUGUAUUUGGAAGAUGCCCCAUUGGAUAAUAUGCUGAAUCUAAUCAGCUCUGGAAUUUGGAUUGGUCUUUGGUUCUACACAAGUUUGUUCCUUGUAUCAGUCUAUACAAUGAAAACAAUUUUCAAUAUUGUGCUGACAGAACCAAUGAGAUUCCCUAUUGAAUCGGACAGAAGUCUAACUCUCCAUAAUGCUUUGGCUCAGAAAUUACAGUUUAAUGGAUAUUUGGGAGCUCAAGAUUUCAGAAUUAUGGCUAUAACUGAUUCUGCAAGGAGGAUACAAGUUUUUAAAUUGUCUCAGCCUGGAGGACACCCGAGAAAUUGGAAUCAUUUGUUGGAAGUUUCCUUAUCAACCAUCAAUAACUUUAGCAAAGAGUUGGAAAUUAUUAAUGGUGAUGGGAAACCUCUUGGUCUAGAUAAUUCACCACAGAAAAAGUCACUUAACAUAACUCCUCCUUCUGGUUUAAUGUACAACAAUUUGAGAAAUAUGGCUCACUCACCAGAGUUGUUAGAGCUCAAGGAUCAUAACAGGAACAAAGUCGAUAACACAUUUACUACUGUCAUGAAAGAGGAAUGUUAUGGAUUGCUGCAUAAAUUGUGUCAGAAGCCAGGAAUCAACUAUUUCUUUGGUGAAUUGACUGAUACUAAAUUGAAGUUUUUAUUGACACAAGCACAGCCGGUGAUGUGGACUUGUGAAGGUCUGGCUUUUAUAGCAGCUUCUUCACUAAAAGAGGAUAAAUAUGGAAUUGUACAAACAGACCUGCCAAUUGUGAUCUCAGCUUUGAUCAAUCUCAAACAAAGUCUCGACAAGAUCUCCAAGCCUGGGCUUGUGCCUAGAAAACAUAUUCUACAUGAUGAGCUUGCAAUCAGGAUGAAGUCUGCACUCAUAUCUUCAGUGAAGAGGAGUAUCUAUAAAAUUGUUAUUACUUUCUCUAAAUAUAUUCACGAAAUACCAUUAGAUCCUGAUGUCCAAGUAGCUAUUCAACCAUUUUUGUUAUGUAAAGAAGCAUAAGUGUAAAUGACUGAUAUUUUAAAAUAAACUAUUUUUUUAUGAAAA